GGGCUGUAGGAGUGGAUGUAUGAUAGGAAAGGCACGAGUUUAAAAAAAAAUAAGAGGGGAGAGUGAUCUAGGAAGCACACAUUCCAUUUCAGCCUGCCUUACUUUGUUUUCCAGUGGCACUUCUCCAUUGGCUUGUCUGAAUGCAAUGCUUCAUAGUAACACACGUGUUGGUGAUGGGACAUUCUUUAAGAUCCCUGGCAAGGCAGGACUCUACGCACUCAAAAAGGAAGACUCUACAUGUCCAGCAGAUGGAACUUUGGAUUUAAGUUGUGAAUCUGAGUUGGAUGGCACUGAAAUGGCUGAGACAAACAAUAGCAAUGGAGAAGAAAAUGGAGUUUGCCCAAAGCAAGCACCUGAAGAAGUGUCUUCCAUUCGGGACUCAAGUCUCUCUAGUGCACCAGUGCAAAGCAAGCUAGUGUCUUCCUUUCAGCAGCACACCAAAAAGGCACUUAAACAGGCUUUGAGACAGCAGCAGAAAAGAAGAAAUGGAGUCUCAAUGAUGGUAAACAAGACUGUUCCUCGUGUUGUUUUGACACCAUUAAAGGUGUCUGAUGAGCAGUCGGAUUCACCUUCAGGGUCUGAAUCUAAAAAUGGUGAAGCAGACAGUUCUGAUAAAGAAAUGAAACAUGGCCAAAAGUCUCCAACUGGAAAACAGAUGAGCCAGCACUUAAAAAGAUUAAAAAAGUCUGGUUUAGGACACUUGAAAUGGACCAAAGCCGAGGAUAUUGACAUAGAAACACCAGGAUCUAUUCUUGUGAACACUAACCUGAGGGCUUUAAUAAACAAACACACAUUUCUUUCUUUACCUCAGCAUUUCCAACAAUACCUCCUGCUUUUGCUUCCAGAAGUAGACAGGCAGAUGGGAAGUGAUGGAGUUUUGCGCCUCAGUAGUUCCGCUCUAAAUAAUGAAUUCUUUGCAUAUGCAGCACAAGGGUGGAAACAACGAUUGGCAGAAGGAGAAUUUACUCCUGAAAUGCAGUUGCGCAUCCGACAAGAGAUUGAAAAGGAAAAGAAAACAGAACCAUGGAAAGAGAAGUUCUUUGAAAGAUUUUAUGGAGAAAAGCUGGGAAUGUCAAUAGAAGAGUCUAUGAAGCUUACAUCUGCCAAGAACAAUAAUGAAAACGAAGAAAAUUCACUCUGUGGGUCUUCAGAUUUGCCUGGUCCUUCAAGAGAGUCAACUUUUGAUGAAUGUGAAAAGAAAACUAACCAGCCACCAUUAUUGCCAGAGAGAGAUUUCUGUCAGUCACUUUGCAACAUGGAACAAAUUCCAUCCAAGAAUCUAAUAGCAGAUACAGAAGGCAUUCUGAUACCUGAAGAAUCUGUUAUUCAAGAGGAAAUUGCUGAGGAGGUUGAAACAACUAUCUGUGAAUGUCAGGAGGAGACCCAUAAAACAGAACAUGUGAGUUCUGAACAGGCAAUCAGCCCAGUUGGUAUAAAUGAAGAAACAGAAACUUUACCCCUUGCAGAGAAUUCUGAAUCCUGUAUUGUCAUGAAUGAUGCAGUAAGUACAUUGACUCAGGUUGAAAUUAAAGUGGAGGAGAGAUUUGAAUAUCCCCAAGUAGAAAUGUCAGUCAUGACUGAUCAACCAGAAGGCAGUUUAUCACCUUCACAGUCUGCUUCAUCUACAAACUCUGUCAGUAACAUGGAAGAAAAAGAUCUGGAGUCAGCAAAGGAACUAAGUCCUCAUGGAAAAUACUCCCCUGUCCUCAAUGGUUCCCUAUUCACUGGUGGAAAUGUUGCUGUACAUAUGGAGCUUCAAAGUGACCCUGAUGAACAGUCCUCUGAAAAUGCUUGUAUUUCUGAAACGUCUUUUUCCUCUGAAAGCCCAGAGGAACCAUCUGUCAGUAUUGCAUCUCCUGGAGGAGAGACACAAUCUACUUCAGAGGAGCCUUGCACUCCAGUAUCUCUGGAAACAGCAUGUUCUUCUGACAUCUCUUGCACUGAAAAUACUGAUGCUGAUAGUCAACAAAAACCCAUUGAUGAUAAUCUGAAUACAUCUUCAGUGUCUGAAGUAUCUCCAAUGCCUCCCUCACCAGUAACCUCAGAAGCAUCUCUGAUGUCAAAUUUGCCUCUGACUUCAGAGACAUCACCAGUUUCUAAUUUAGCUUUACCAUCAGAAACCUCACCACUGUCUGACUUGCCCUUGACAUCCGAAACCUCUUCAGUGUCUUCUAUUCUUUUAGCUUCAGAAACAUCUCAUUCAAACAGUGUACUGUUACCUUCAGAAGCAUCUCCGCUUUCUAAUUCCCCAAUGAGUGAAAGAUUUAGUCAGCAAAGAAAAUCACCAUGUUUGUCUGAAGAAUCCUUGUCACCCCUGAAAGAAGAAACUUCUGCUAUUUCUAAUAAUUCUCAAGAAGAGAAUCUUGCAUCACAACAGCUCCAAGGUACACCGGAAGCCAUGAAAGCUGUCAUUCCUGAAGCUUCAGCAGUAGAAGAAUCCCAGUCUAUAAAACUUGCUAAUCAACCAUGUAGGCCUCAUUCUGAUAUAGAAAAACCUUUCAUUUCUUCUCUUACAGAACGUUCUUCCCUGGAAGUGAUAAAAAUUAGAAACCAUGGUACCCAGCAAAGAACUGACAAGAAAAGUACAAUCUCUCAGCUAGAAGUAUCUGUUCUAGCAGAAGUGUCAGGAUGCAAAAAUACUGAAGUUCUUCCAUCGAAAUCACUUGAUAAACUAUUUAACUCCUCCUCAUCAGAAAAAUUGUUCUCAGAGGCAGGCAGAAGCAAGUCUCACAAACUUCAGGGGACUUUGCAGAGUCGGUUUGAAGGUUCUUAUUCUUCAAAACCAUCUGAAGCCACAAAGUCACCUGAAGCAAGAAGUGAAAGCAGGGACCUAGAAAUUCCAAAGAGGAAGACUGCUGAGCACCAUGGUUUUGGAAUUUGCAAAGAGAAGCGUGCUAGAAUCGAAGAUGAUCAGCCUCAUCGUAAUGCAUCGGCAAGUUCAUCUGAGAGGGAACCACCACCGAGGGAGGAGCCCAGAGUCCCACCUCUUAAGAUUCAGCUUUCAAAAAUUGGCCCUCCUUUCAUCAUCAAGAGCCAGCCUGUUUCCAAACCCGAGCCUCGGGCAUCUCCAAGUACUGCAGUUAGCAGUGGGAGGAAUACUGGAGCAAGAACACUUGCAGAUAUCAAAGCAAGAGCUCAGCAAGCUAGAGCCCAGAGGGAGGCAGCGGCAGCGGCAGCAGUGGCCGCAGCUGCAAGCAUUGUGUCUGGAGGAUUAGGAAGUCCCUGUGAAGGUGGAAAGACCAGGACAUUAGCACACAUCAAGGAGCAGACCAAGGCUAAAUUGUUUGCAAAGCACCAAGCAAGAGCUCACUUGCUCCAGAACAAUAAAGAAACCAAAUCUCAGCAUGCCUCAAAGGAAGGUCCACCAGCAGUGGAGAUCUCAGCUUCUUCUGAAACAAAGAUUGAAGGUUCUACUGGCGUGAUUAUAGUUAAUCCUAACUGCAGGUCUCCUAGCAACAAGUCUUCUCACCUUCGAGAAGCGACUACUUUAUUGCAGCAGUCACUUAAUGCCACUACUUUACCAGAAACUAGUACUGACAUCUCUCUUCACAAUUCUGAUGACAGUAUCCCUGUGUCUCAUUUCGGUGAGAAAAUGCUUUCAUCUACCUCUAUGGAAAGUAACAGUGUGUCAGUGCUAUAUAAUAAAAACUCAGUCCCCAUGUCUGUGUGCAGCACUGGUAUGUCAGGAGCAAUUAAAGAACUUCCCUUUGCAGGUUCUCUUGAUAAGUCUUCAGUUUUAAUGUCCGUUGAAAACACAGGCACUAAGGUUUGCAAUAUAACCAUGCUGAAAUCCAUCCAAGGAGCUGACACUCCAUGCAUUGCUAUCAUGCCAAAUUGUGUUGAGAAGCCCACAACUCCAACAGCAGUAGACAGUGCAGUCUUGUCAAAUUCCUUAGAUGAUAAAAGAUUGUCUAUGCCAACCAACAAUGCAAACCAUGGCAUUUCUAGCCAGUAUAGCACUGUGCCAACUUCAUCCAUUGCAAGUAAUUUGCCAAAUCAUCUGGGUAGUAGCUCUGUUUUGAUCCCUCCAGUAGGGUCUGCAAACAGAUAUUCUUCUGAUAAGAUAGCCAUAACGGGGUGUAGUGACCCAAGCUCUUUGUCAAGUAACACUUCCAUUAGGGCACCUUUACAUGGCAAUGAGGCACUUCCAGGAGCAGAUUCUGUUGGCAGGACUUCUAUUUCAGUGUUUGCCAGUAACAUGAUGACAGCAAGCUCCUAUGAGAAUACCGCCAAAAUGAGUGCUGAAACUGUGGAGAGAAAUUCUGGAGGGAGAAGCCGAUUAGAUAUGUCUGGUAAAUCCUCAGUAGGUUAUGUACAGGCACCUAUGAAUAGAUCUAUACCUUGUAAAGUCAUUGUUGAUCACACAACAACAACAAUGAACUCUAACUUGUCACUUGGUAUAUCUGUGGAAAACUCUGAAAACAGCACCGAUAUCCAGAGCAGGCCUAUUAGGACAGAACCUGCCUUACAAAGUAUCACAUGUCCUCAAGUGUCUGUAAUAAGCCGGCCAGAGUUGCUUACUAAUGAAAGUCUGGAGCACAGCUCUGGCUUUAACACUGUUGCAGCAAAGCAAGAUGGCAAACAUUUGCAAACAGCAUGCCCUAGUCUUCGAGAAGUGCCUCAAGAUAAAAGACUUGAAGUUGUUUCUCCUGGCCAAGUUUUUUCAGAACAAUUACGAGGUGCUUUGACUUUCAAAAGUGAAACAGACAGUGUCUGUGCCAACCCAUAUAAUCCCAAUAGCAGAAUCUGUUGGAACGAUGAUGAGGCAAUGAACACUGAUCAAUCUGUGGUCACUCAUCUUAACCCAAAUAAGCAUAAGGAAUAUAUUGAGCAAAACUGCAUUAAAAAUGUCAAAACGGAGCCUUCAAAUUUUGCACAUCUGAAUGAGAUACAUGCAAGAAACAUUGUGACAAGCAUAGCCAUGCCUAUUAAGUCAGAAUCUGACAAAUGUUUUAGGAUGGACACUGAAGAUUUUGCGAGACCCGAAAUGCCUCUCCAGACUGUAGAAAUAGCCACAAGUGCACAGCCAACACAAAACUCCAAGACAUCUGUUACAGAUUCCAUGGAGAACUCUCUGUCAUUAACAACAGAAACACUAAAAAGAGUUACAAAUGCUGGAAGCUCUAGCUGCCGUUUGUCAUCAGUAGAAGCCAACAAUCCUCUGGUGACACAGUUAUUGCAAGGCAACCUUCCACUGGAGAAAGUCUUGCCACAGCCCAGGUUUGGAGCCAAGCUAGAAAUUAACAGGCUUCCCUUGCCUUUGCAAACUACCUCAGUAUGUAAAGCAGCAACUUCUGAAAGAAAUGUGGCUGAAAAUUCUUCCACAUCUCCAAAUACAGAUGGCAGAGGAUUUCAGGCAGCCAGUUUAGCCCCAGUGCAAAUCAGAAAGCGUGAAAACCAUCCCAAAAAGAGAGUGGCCCGUACAGCAGGGGACAUUAAAUGUGAACCUGGGAAACCAUCAAUGGACACAGAUGUUAAAAUAGGCCCUUGUAUUGUCAGCUCCAGUCUGAAUCAACUUGGGCACGGCCAGCUGUUUAAACAGGAGUGGCCAAGCAAGCAUGGUGUUCAGAGCAGAAUUGCACACAGCCCGGAGAUCAAGCAGCAGAAGAGGCCAUUGCCUUCAUGCAGUUUCCAACAAAACUUAUUUAACGUGGACAAAAAUGACAGCUUCCACACAGAGGCAAGCAGCUCACACAGGCAGCAUUUCUACCAAAUGCCAGUGGCUGCAAGAGGCCCUGUUCCUUCGACGGCUUUGAUGCAGGCAACUUUAAAGGCCCCAUCUGGCUGUGGUGCCUUUGCUUUCAGCAGGCACUUAGAGCAGAAGGCAUUGGGAGAGGUCAGCAGGUCUACAACGCCUCACCAGCUGAGGCUGGCUAGUAUGUUUUCCCCUAACAUUCAAAUUAAAGAAGGUGAUGACAUUUCUAGUGCCUCACAGAACCUGCAGAAUAAAUCAUUAGUGCACCCCCCUCCACUGCCUCCUCCCCCACCUCCCCCACCCCCACCCCUUCCCAGUGCAGAAGCUCCAUCUGAUCACAAACAACCGGCAGUUACUAUGGAAACCACUAAAAGACUUAGUUGGCCUCAGCCGGCAAGCGUCUGUAGCAAUAUAAAAUCAGAACCCAUUUCUUUUGAGGAAGGUUUAAGCAGCAGCUGUGAGCUGGGCAUGAAACAAGCUUCUUAUGAUCAGAAUGAAGUAAAAGAACAGUUGAAAGCCUUUGCAUUGAAAAAUUCUGACUUCCCUUCCUAUUUACUCUCUGAGCCGCAGAACCCUUUUGCCCAAUUAACUGCUCAGAAAAUACAGACGCCGCCGCAGCAGCAGCAGCAGCAGCAGCAGCUCUGUGGAAAUUACCCUACAAUACAUUUUGGUAGCACAAGCUUCAAACGGGCAGCAUCUGCAAUUGAAAAAUCUAUCGGAAUUUUAGGAAGCAGUUCAAAUACAGCCUCCAGCCUAUCUAUACAGAACACUCAGAUUCCAGUUCAGAAAUUUGCUGACAGCAGCAGCACAGAUGAGCUGGAACUGAAAUGCUCUUGCAGGCUGAAAGCCAUGAUAGUGUGCAAAGGCUGUGGCGCCUUCUGCCAUGAUGACUGCAUAGGCCCUUCAAAAUUGUGUGUAGCCUGUUUAGUUGUUCGGUAG